CCCACUUUUGAAUACGUUUGUCCGAUGUUGUCUCACAUCCGGGUACAUAUUAAAUCGUUCUUUCUGUUCCUGGAUGUGGCGAAUCUUCGCUUACUGAAUCAAUUAAGUACAAGUUAUUACCUUCAAUAGUAAUUUCAUUAGAAGCUGAAAGUCAUUUAUUACUUCAAAUAUGUUACGACAGGUAGUAGGAGCAAUUGGAUCUCUCAGAAUUAGGACAUACGGGGCUAGUUAUCACAGUGGAAAUUAUAGAAGUACUAAAGAAAGAGGAUCUACAUAUGGAAAUGUUACCAGUAAUAAAAAUGGACGAUAUGAUAAUCGUAACAAAAAUAAUAUGCAUACUGCUCUUGGAACCUUGAAGAAACCAAAUUGGAACUUCGAAAAUUUAAAGCCUUUUAAGAAAGACUUCUAUAUACCACAUCCAAAUGUUCAAGCACGUCAUCCACAGGAAGUAGACAUAUUUAGACAAGAAAAUCAAAUUACCCUCAAAGGAGAGAAAAUUCCUAAUCCUAUACAACAUUUUGAAGAAGGAAAUUUCCCUGAGCAUGUAAUGCAAUGUAUCAGAAAGCAAGGGUUCAGUGAACCAACUGCUAUUCAAGCUCAAGGAUGGCCAAUUGCUAUGUCUGGGCACAAUAUGGUUGGAAUAGCACAAACUGGAUCUGGGAAAACUUUAGGAUAUAUACUACCUGCUAUAGUACACAUUAGCAGUCAACAGCCUCUAAAUCAUGGUGAUGGACCAAUUGCUCUUAUUUUAGCACCAACUAGAGAAUUGGCACAGCAAAUUCAGAAAGUUACUUACGGUUUUGGUUAUGUGAGAAGCACUUGUAUUUUUGGUGGUGCACCAAAAGGAAAUCAAGCUCGUGAUUUAGAACAAGGAGUUGAGAUUUGCAUUGCUACACCUGGACGAUUAAUUGACUUUUUGGAACGUGGUACAACUAAUUUACGCAGAUGCACAUAUUUGGUAUUAGAUGAAGCAGAUAGAAUGUUAGAUAUGGGUUUUGAACCACAGAUCCGAAAAAUUAUUGAACAAAUCAGGCCAGACAGACAAGUUUUAAUGUGGUCUGCAACUUGGCCAAAAGAAGUUCGAAAUCUUGCAGAGGAAUAUCUUGUAGACUAUACACAAUUGAACAUUGGAUCAUUAACAUUAUCAGCUAAUCACAAUAUUCUUCAAAUUGUUGAUGUUUGUGAGGAACAUGAAAAACAAAUAAAAUUGCAAAACCUCCUUCAAGAAAUUAGUAAUGUUAAUCCAGAUGGCGGAAAAACAAUAAUUUUUGUAGAAACGAAAAAAAAAGUGGAAAGUAUCACUAAAAUUAUUCGUCGUUAUGGUUGGCCAGCAGUAUGUAUACAUGGUGAUAAAUCUCAAUUGGAAAGAGAUUUUGUCCUUACAGAAUUUAGAAGGAAUAAGGAUGCAAUUCUUGUAGCAACAGAUGUUGCUGCCCGUGGAUUGGAUGUCGACGACGUAAAGUACGUGAUCAACUUCGAUUAUCCGACUUCAUCUGAAGACUACAUUCAUAGAAUUGGUAGAACGGGCCGUUCAAAUAAUUCAGGGACGAGUUAUGCAUUCUUUACACCACAAAAUGGUCGACAGGCUAAAGGCUUGGUUAAUGUACUUAAAGAAGCUAAACAAGUUGUUAAUCCUAAGCUUUUGGAACUCGCAGAUAAAAGUGGGAAUGAUAUCGCACGAAAUCGUUGGGGUUACGGAAAUUAUCGUAGAAGAGAAACUGUUUUCCCUAAAGUACAUAAACGAUUCGAUAGCCUAAGUUAUUUUGACUCAUAGUUGGUGUACUUUGACUUCCGAUCACAAACUCUCUGAACAAGCAACCUGUUGGAGAUCUGAAACUCGUUACAAUCUCUUCCUCUGUGAUUAGAAAAUGUUCUCCAUCAAGGAUGUAUUACUUCAUGUUAGUUCCGUGCUCGGUUAAUCUUUUUUAUUUUUAUUUAUAAUCUUAUUGUUGUAGUUAGCGAUAGUAUAAAAUUCAGUAAAUUACAUGCAGAGAGUACCUUUGUUAUGUCUCCGUUAUGUAUUAGAUUUACAAAUUAAUUCGAUGCUCUUUUUCAUCUUCAAAUUAGAAGUCUUGUUACAAAAAAUUUGUAUAUAUUUUAUUCCGUCAAAUAGUCUCUGUUACUUUUUAUGAAUAUGGACAUUUAUUGAGCAACAAACGAAUACCGUCGCAGGAAAGCGAUAAGGAUUUUAAUUAAAUAAAUUCAGUAAUACUUUUAUGAAUUUCUUCAUACGUCUUGAAUGCGAGUCUGUAAGGUGGUGUUGCAAGGGCAAAAGUAGGUGAUAAUCUGUUGGAGACGUCUGUAUGAAGGAGAGAACUUUCCAUUCCAAGACAUGAAUGGGUUUCUUUCGUUUAUUAGGCUGCACGUGGUUGUUUAUUAUUAUGCACUCAAAUCACAGGUCUACUUCCAGUGCUGGUAAACGGUCUUUUCCCAUAAAAUUCGACACUUAUUCGUAUCAGUUGACUCUAAUAAUAUUUGGAAUUUACAGUUUCUUCAGAUUUGAGCAAUUCAUAAUAUAUGAGCCUGCUCAUAUAUUACCAAAUGCAUAUCAGUUAUUUCUACGUGUGUAUGUUUGAUUGCGCGAUUUACUUGGAUAAUUCUGUAAUU